UGCAACGCCUUCUUCCGCCGGACGUGGAGGGGCAGUUAAACAAAAACUACAGUUCCCAGAGAACCUCGCGAGGAAAGCUUACAGUUUUCACCCCUCAUUGCGUGGGUGAGGAAACCAGGAGAAGAGUUAUAGGUGUCCGGCAUGGAGUAUAUAGAUAGGUUAUCCAGUGUUUUUCCCACACAUAGAAUUGCAUAUGUGCACUAGUCGUGAGCGAGAGGGGCAGUUUAGCAAAUGGGGAAUAGGCCGGAACCCUUAGAAUUGGGGGCGUCGUACCCUGGGGAAAGUUGGAGCGGAAGUACAUGGUGGAAGUAGGCCGAAAGAGAAGUAGGAGGAAGAGGAGGAGGAGGAGGAGGAGGAUCCGGAAGCUUGCGGAGGGGGAGCGGAGAAGGUUGGGCUGGGGUGGGGGGGGGGAAGGUGGAGGGAAAAGCGAGCCGGGAGGCGCUGCGCCCGCUUCUAGUAAUUUCCAGGCGCUGCCGGGCGGCUGGGGCCGGGGCCGGGAGGGAGCCUGCGGCAGUAGAAUCCGAGACCAGAUGGCCAAGUGGGGCGAGGGUGACCCACGCUGGAUCGUGGAGGAGCGGGCAGACGCCACUAACGUCAAUAACUGGCACUGGACUGAAAGGGAUGCUUCAAACUGGUCCACUGAUAAGCUGAAAUCCCUGUUUUUGGCAAUCCAAGUGCAAGGUGAAGAAGGCAGUUGUGAGGUGACAGAAGUGAGCAAGCUCGAUGGAGAGGCAUCAAUAAACAAUCGAAAAGGCAAACUCAUCUUCUUCUAUGAAUGGACCAUCAAACUGAAUUGGACAGGUACUUCUAAGUCAGGAGUGAAAUACAAGGGACACGUGGAGAUCCCCAACUUGUCAGAUGAAAACGACGUCGAUGAAGUGGAGGUUAGUGUGAGCCUUGCCAAAGAUGAGCCUGACACAACCCUAUUGGCCUUAAUGAAGCAAGAAGGUGUGACAAAGAUCCGAGAUGCAGUGGAAACCUAUAUCAGGACUCUUAAAACGGAAUUCACACAGGGCAUGAUCUUACCUACUCUGAAUGGCGAGACAGUAGAUCCAGCCCCCCAGCCACCAGUGAAAGCUGAGGAGUCCAAAGUAAAGCCUAGUCCUUUGGCAAGUCAGUCUAAAACCGUUGGUGUCAAGAUCCCUACGUGCAAGAUUGUUCUGAAGGACACUUUCCUAACAUCGCCAGAGGAGCUCUUUAGGGUAUUUGUCACCCAGGAGUUGGUUCAGGCCUUCACCCAUGCGUCUGCGGUCUUAGAAGCAGACAAGGGAGGGAAGUUCCAGUUGCUGGAUGGCAAUGUCACCGGGGAGUUCUUAGACCUGGUCCCUGAAAACAAGAUUGUGAUGAAGUGGAGGUUUAAGACUUGGCCUGAUGGACAUUUUGCUACCAUCACCUUGACCUUCAUUGACAAAGAUGGAGAGACGGAGCUUCUCAUGGAGGGCAAAGGCAUCCCAUCACCAGAGGAGGAACGGACAAGACAGGGUUGGCAGCGGUACUAUUUUGAGAGCAUCAAACAGACCUUUGGCUAUGGCGCACGCUUAUUCUAAUGUUAAUGUCUACAGGGCCAUGGCCCACCCAGCAGCUCAGUCCAGCUCUCUACUGUCCUGCAGCUGUGACUGGCAGGAUUGCACCAUCCCAACCACUACUGUGGGGCCUAGGCCCCCUCCCCAUUCAUAUACCAUGGGUUCGUGCAUGUUUUCUGCUGGGCGGGAUCAGACAGUGAAUUCUCUUUUAUGUGUACAUACGCUAAAUAAACAUAACUUAAAAAAAUA